UUCUAAUGAUGACAGAAACAGUUUUGUGUCCAUUUUAGAUGCCCAAAUGCUUUUUUAUACGAUCAGCAAAUGGUGCAUCUCUUCAAGAGAAGGAUGACAGAUGUCAUUUGAAGAAAAUGGCCCCAUUUGGUUGAGGUACAUCCUGUACAGUUGUUGUCUGAACAUUCGCCUGUGUGUAAAUUCAUCAGCUCUUGCAAUUUUUUUCUGUGACUCGAUGUUUGCCAUCGACUUCCUCAACACUUGAAGGUUGUGGGUUUGAUGGGUGACUGUUCAACUCUGCUGUUUCUGUGCAUUCUGACAGACACACUGAAUGUAGGAACUACAAAAUAACUUGGUUUGGUCACACAAAAUCUGCAGGCGAGCCGAGGGGCAAGAUUCAACGUGUUUGGAAGUGUAAAAAAAAAACAAGAAGAAGAAUCAGAUCAGCAGAGGAAGGAGGAAGUACAGAGAAGCAGAGAGGCUGACUGGAAAGAAUGUACUCUUGAAUUCACUGUGUGUUUUGUGUUUGUUUGGUGUGUGUGUGUGUGUGUGUGUGUGUAUGUGUGAGCGACAGAAUGUGUGCCAGUCUGAUUGAGUGUGUGUAACCUGUUUUGUCCAAUUUUGAAGAAAUGUCUCUGAGACUACCUCGCAACUGGGACUUCAGCACCUUCAGAGCUGAAACUGCCAAGAUCGCUCGCUCCAAGAGUGUUAUUCCAGGGGAAGGAAGCCCUGCGUCCACUCACUCUGGGUUUAAAAAAUCUAUGGAGAAGCCUCUGAAAACAGGCUGGCUGAAGAAGCAAAGAUCCAUCGUGAAGAACUGGCAGCUGCGCUUCUUUGUGCUGAGAGGAAACAGCCUCACUUACCAUAAGGAUGACAAAGAGAGCACUGUCCAGGGAACCAUACCUUUAUUCUCAUGCCAAGUUAAUGAGCUGCCAUCAAAUGCAGACGAUAAAUUCCUGUUUGAGAUUAUCCCAGCAGGUGGCAGUACGGAUCGGGAACGGGAUGCUUAUGUUCUCAUGGCAACCAGUCAGAGUGAGAUGGAAGAGUGGGUGCGCUGGAUCCGCAAGGCCAUAGGGUCACGCUCCAAUGGAGUAUUUGGGAAAAGCCUUUCAGACAUCAUGGUGUAUGAGAGAAAAUUUGGGGCUCGUCUGGUGCCCAUCCUGGUAGAGAAGUGUGCUGAAUUCAUCAGAGAGCAUGGUCUGGUUGAGGAGGGCAUCUUCCGCCUGCCAGGACAGGACAACCAGGUGAAGCAGUUCAGAGAAGCCUUUGACGCUGGAGAAAGACCCUCAUUCCCCAGUGACACUGAUGUCCACACGGUGGCGUCAUUACUCAAGCUGUACCUGAGAGAGCUUCCUGAACCCGUUGUGCCCUGGACUCAAUAUCAGGACUUUCUUGACAGCACUCUGAUGCUGGAUGCCACCACCGCAGCUGGCAAAGAGAAGCUGGAGAAACAAAUUAGUUUACUGCCAAAAGUGAACUACAACCUCCUGAGUUACAUCUGCAGAUUCCUUUUUGAGGUCCAGCAAAACUCAAAGGUGAAUAAGAUGAGUGUUGAGAAUUUGGCCACAGUGAUGGGAGUGAACUUGUUCAAACCACAAGUCGAGGAUGCUAUUAGUAUGAUGAAAGGAACUCCCAUGAUACAGAAAGUGAUGACAGUUAUGAUCAGACACCAUGAGCUGCUUUUCCCACCUUCCAAAGACAUGAAGCCUUCUCCACUUCCCAGCAGAAAGAACAAGAGCAAGAAGACCAGCAACAGUUUUGUGGGAUGGGAGUCUGCAGAGUGUGAGGUGUCCUCUCUGUCUGAAUCACCUGAGGAAGAAGAAGUGGACACCCCUGAAGAACAAAGGAAAGAACUACGGUCAUCUGAGUCAGAAAGCACAACUCUUUCUCCCACUGAGUUUUCGGUCACAACAGACACAUGGCCCGAGAGCCCUAGAAAGCGGACACAAACUCUACCCAGUUUAGGUUGUCCACCAGUAGCAAGAAUAGCCCGAGAGCCUGCUUGGGAUCGCUGGAGCAGGUUCCCUGAGAGCUUUAAUGAGAAUGAUGAAAAAACAUUAUCUGAGGACAUCUUUAAGCUCCUCGACCUGCAGAAAGUCACACUGUUUUCUGAAGUGCAGAAGAGUGAAAAUGAAAAAGAGGAAAAAGGACAGAAGGACAAAGACAACACAGACUGGAGUAAGACAGAUAGUGAUGUUGUAGUCCAACAGAUAGAUGCUCCAAAAGCACAGGCACAGAACACGGCGCCUGUGCCCAAACCCCAGGCAAGAAUAGUGUUGAGUCCAGCAGCUUCGAGUAAAGAGAAUCCAGCUCAACAGACAAGCAGUGCAGUACAACCAGAAAACACAGACUCAACCAGCAUCAUUAACAGUCUCCAGCAGAAGAACAAAGAGCUGAGUGCUACAGUGGCAGAGUUGCAGGCAGCACUAGAGGCUGAGCGGCGCUCUAAAUCUGCAUUAGAGAUCUUACUGCGCAAUGCAGAGCGCAGCAGGGAUGAAGCUCUCACACGCAAUCAGCAGCUGAACAGAGAGAUCCAGGAGUUCCUGAACAAACCGACUGCUGGACCGUCAUAGUGAGACUGUUUAAUGAACAAAGUGCCAGCUUAGUCAUUUUUUAGCUGUACAAGAUCAGCAAUCUGGAUAUCUCUAGCAAUUUCCUCAGAGAACCUUCAAAAUGAAAGGUCAAAGAUAGAUGUGUCCAUGUCCAGUAAAGACGCUACAGUAAAUGACACCUUAUGUACAGAAA